AUGUCUGAAUCAUCUCAAACUACAAAAACUGCUCGUUCCACACGAUCAAAGGCAAAGAUUGAAUCCUUUCUAAUCAUCAAAGACGCUGUUCCUGUUACUACCAUACAUCCCAGCAACACCAAGUCUGAAACUGCUGCUGAGAAGAAAGGAAAGAUGAAAACUGCUGAGAAGAAGAAGAAAACUACCAAAGUAAGUGAAACUAUCUCUCCAUCUGUAACUGAUAAAUCUGGAAAGGAAAGCACGAGAAAGAAAAAGAGGGAUUACAAAUCCAGAAUACCCCUUUCUAUGUCUGAUUUAGUUUUUGAAUCCAAUGUUAACACAUCUAAGAGAACAUCUGAAACUAUUGAAGGAGAACCUCAGAAUCCUAAACCUAUGUCUGAAGUUGUUGAAACAAUUAUCCCAACCACUGAUAACCCUAAUUCGACUAUGAAUUUGGGAUCUACUGCUGAAAAGAAGGAUCUUAACCCUAAAUCUGUUGAAACUGAAAUGGAAGCCACUCCUACAGAGAUUGAAACUGAAACUGCUGAUAAAUCACCAACAAUUACUGAGUUGGUAUCUAAGAAAACAACUCAUGUUGUUACUGAAGAAGAUGUCAUGCCAGAGGUUGAGACAUCUCUGAAUCAACCUGAAGUUGCUGAAACUGCUGACAAGGAAACCAUGAAGGAAGCUGCUGUUGAAAAAGAUGUUGAGACAACUGUCACAGCAUCUGAGUCUUCUGAUGAAGAAACUGGAACUGCUCAAGAGGGUGUUGGACCAGUGAAAGGAUGGAGUAAAGUCUUUUAUCCUACCAGUAAGAAGAAGGAGACCCUAAAGAGGAAGAAAGAGUCAUCAAGUGACUCAGAUUAUGAUGCUGCAGAGGAUGUUGCAAACAUCUCAUCUCCCACCCCUAAAACAAAAGGAGCUGCAAAGAAAGUGUCCCAAAGUGUUGAAGAAGCUCCCUGUGACAACAUUUCUUUCCAUCGUGCUGCCUUUGCACUGAGAUGGGAUUACAUUUACCAGAGGAGACUAGCUGUGGAGAGGGAAUUGACCAAAGAUGCCCUGAAAUGUCAAGACAUCUUGGACUACAUCAAGGAAGCUGGAAGAUCUAUAGAACCUAAGGCUGAGCUAGAGGUUGCCAAUGAUGUUGUAAGUUCUGAAAUAACUGCUGGUAAGGUCAAAGUGUGGCCCAAGAAAAAGCUGAUACCCACUAGUAAGCUGAAUGUGAAAUAUGCUAUCCUUAAUAGGAUCGGGUCUACUAAUUGGGUACCAACUAAGCAUGCAACAAAUGUUGCAACAAAUCUGGGUAGAUUUAUUUAUGCUGUAGGAACCAAGGUUGACUAUGAUUAUGGUUCUUUUAUUUUUGACCAAACCAUUAAGCAUAUUGGAUCCACUGCUGUCUAG